GACGCGCCGCGCGACGCAUCUGCCUGCGGAGGAAACCCGGAAGCGACUGCCCUCGCCGCCCGCCGCCCCCCCCUCGUUGCGUGGCGUCCCGGUCCUCUCUCUCUCUCUCUCUUCCCCGGCCCGGGCCCGGACGGGCGUAGGCUCCGAGGGCGCCCCUCCCGCCGCCGCCGCCCGCCAUGCCCAAGGUGGUGUCCCGCUCCGUGGUUUGCUCCGACACCCGCGACCGCGAGGAGUACGACGACGGCGAGAAGCCCCUCCACGUGUACUACUGCUUGUGUGGACAGAUGGUGCUCGUGUUGGACUGUCAGUUGGAAAAACUGCCCAUGAGGCCUCGCGACAGGGCCCGAGUGAUUGAUGCAGCCAAACAUGCCCACAAAUUCUGUAACACAGAGGAAGAGGAAAAUGUCUAUCUCCGCAGGCCAGAAGGAAUUGAGCGCCAAUACAGGAAAAAGUGUGGAAAGUGCGGAUUGCUUCUCUUUUACCAACACCAGCAAAAGAAUGCCCCGGUAACAUUUAUUGUUGAUGGUGCUGUGGUCAAAUUUGGACAAGGCUUUGGCAAAACAAACAUCUACACCCAGAAGCAAGAGCCACCUAAGAAGGUGAUGAUGACUAAACGGACCAAGGACAUGGGCAAAUUCAGUUCGGUCACUGUCUCUACCAUUGACGAAGAGGAGGAAGAAAUUGAAGCUGUAAGUUUUAUAUGGUUCAAAUGCUGGCUUACGUUUCAUCCUUGUGCUCCAUUGUGGGUGUUCGGGUGGGCACAGGAGAGUGGGUUUUGUACUAAGGCCUGCAGGUUGUAGCACUCAGAUGUCUUAAAGUGACCAAAGGUAACAUUUAGUUAC